AUGUACCUACGAUUUCAUAUUCUGAUUUUUGUAGUGGUUGUGAGAGCGUUGAUAAUAAACACGCCGUGUGUACCACAGAUGUAUGUGAUUGAUGAAGAUGUGAUGUUUGAGCAUGAAGCGAUGGGUGAAUUUGCGGAUGUAGUGAGCCUUCACAAGUGUUAUGAAGAGAUGGGUGAGUUGAGGAAGAAUGUUUAUGGUGUUCGUGUCAAAGCGGAGUGUUAUGUGUACUCGACACAGAUGCACAUCCACACGGAGAGGCGGAACAUCUCGCGAUGUGGGCAUUGCAUGUCACUUGUUGGUCCAUCGUUGAUAGCGACGCAGUGUAUGAUAGCGGGGUAUUACACUGUAGACGAGCAGUAUGCGACUGCGAUGAAUGCGGAGGGGCGGUUGUCGUACAUUGUAUUUCUUAACAAGGAAAGUGUCAAGCGGAUGUCAUCAGGAACGGCAUUCAAAGCAACGGAAGCAACAGCGUCGUACACGUCGUGCAAUUACGCGACAUUUCCCGUGUUGACAGUGCUUGCCACAAACUCAACACACACCAAAUUAGUUGUGUACAACACAAAUGAGCGUGUUGUGUCGAUCAGCAACGGGACUGUAUCAUCGGACAUUGAUGGUGAUGGCUAUUUCACGCUGCAAACAGCAGAAAACAGAACGAUAGAGAAGGUGUGUGUGACUUCAUUUGAAGGGCAGCGCACCUGCUUCAGUGCAGUCACAACAACACCGAGAAACACGUACGUUGCGUUGUCUCGAUACACCCCACCACUUGAAAACAAGACGUGCGAAUUUCUGCCACAACUGAUUGCUUUCUCAACAACAACAAACUACUCCUUUGUGUCAGCACCUUUCAGAUACAAAAUAGCCGCAUUGCAUCUCACCCCACCUAUCAAUUCAAAUU